GCGCGGGUUAGUGGGCGGACCGCGCGGCUGGAGGUGUGAGGACCUGAGGCUCGGGGUGGGGGCGGAGGCGGCUCCUGCGACCGAAGAGGACUUGCGACUCGCCGUCCGCGCACCAUGAGGGUCCUGUGGGUGUUGGGCCUCUGCUGCGUCCUGCUGACCUUCGGGUUUGUUAGAGCUGACGACGAAGUCGAUGUGGAUGGUACAGUAGAAGAGGACCUGGGUAAAAGCAGAGAAGGCUCAAGGACAGAUGAUGAAGUUGUGCAGAGAGAGGAAGAAGCUAUUCAGCUGGAUGGGUUAAACGCGUCACAGAUAAGAGAGCUCAGAGAAAAGUCUGAAAAGUUUGCCUUCCAAGCAGAAGUUAACAGGAUGAUGAAACUUAUCAUCAAUUCUUUGUACAAAAAUAAAGAGAUUUUCCUGAGAGAACUGAUUUCAAAUGCUUCUGAUGCUUUGGACAAGAUAAGGCUCAUCUCACUAACUGAUGAAAAUGCACUUGCUGGAAAUGAAGAGUUAACAGUCAAGAUUAAGUGUGAUAAAGAGAAAAACCUGCUGCAUGUCACAGACACUGGUGUAGGAAUGACCAGAGAGGAGUUGGUUAAAAACCUUGGUACCAUAGCCAAAUCUGGAACGAGCGAGUUUUUAAACAAAAUGACAGAGGCACAAGAAGAUGGUCAGUCAACUUCUGAACUGAUCGGCCAGUUUGGUGUCGGUUUUUAUUCUGCCUUCCUUGUAGCAGAUAAGGUCAUUGUCACAUCAAAACACAACAACGAUACCCAGCACAUCUGGGAAUCUGAUUCCAACGAAUUCUCUGUAAUUGCUGACCCAAGAGGAAACACACUAGGAAGGGGGACAACAAUCACUCUUGUCUUAAAAGAAGAAGCCUCUGAUUACCUUGAAUUGGACACAAUUAAGAAUCUUGUCAGAAAGUAUUCUCAGUUCAUCAACUUUCCCAUCUACGUGUGGAGCAGCAAGACCGAGACCGUGGAGGAGCCCCUGGAAGAAGAUGAAGCAGCCAAAGAAGAGAAGGAAGAAUCUGAUGAUGAAGCUGCAGUAGAGGAGGAGGAGGAAGAAAAGAAACCAAAAACUAAGAAAGUUGAAAAAACUGUUUGGGAUUGGGAACUUAUGAAUGAUAUCAAACCAAUAUGGCAGAGACCAUCCAAGGAGGUAGAAGAAGAUGAGUACAAAGCUUUCUACAAAUCAUUUUCAAAGGAAAGUGAUGACCCCAUGGCUUAUAUCCACUUUACUGCAGAAGGGGAAGUCACCUUCAAAUCAAUAUUAUUUGUGCCCACAUCUGCUCCUCGUGGUCUGUUUGAUGAGUAUGGAUCCAAGAAGAGCGAUUAUAUUAAGCUCUAUGUGCGCCGAGUAUUCAUCACCGAUGACUUCCAUGAUAUGAUGCCCAAGUACCUUAAUUUUGUCAAAGGUGUUGUGGAUUCAGAUGAUCUCCCCCUUAAUGUUUCCCGUGAGACUCUUCAGCAACAUAAACUGCUCAAGGUGAUAAGGAAGAAGCUCGUCCGUAAAACUCUGGACAUGAUCAAGAAGAUUGCAGAUGAGAAGUACAAUGAUACUUUCUGGAAAGAGUUUGGCACCAACAUCAAGCUUGGUGUGAUUGAGGACCACUCAAAUCGGACGCGGCUUGCUAAACUUCUUAGGUUCCAGUCUUCUCAUCACUCAACUGACAUUACUAGUUUAGACCAGUAUGUGGAAAGAAUGAAGGAGAAGCAGGACAAAAUCUACUUCAUGGCUGGGUCAAGCAGGAAAGAGGCCGAAUCUUCUCCAUUUGUUGAGAGGCUUCUGAAGAAGGGCUAUGAGGUUAUUUACCUCACAGAGCCUGUGGAUGAAUACUGCAUUCAGGCUCUUCCCGAGUUUGAUGGGAAGAGGUUCCAGAAUGUUGCCAAAGAAGGAGUGAAGUUUGAUGAGAGCGAGAAAACGAAGGAAAACCGGGAAGCAACAGAGAAGGAGUUUGAGCCCCUGCUCAACUGGAUGAAAGACAAGGCCCUUAAGGACAAGAUUGAAAAGGCUGUGGUAUCUCAGCGUCUCACGGAAUCUCCUUGUGCUCUUGUGGCCAGCCAGUAUGGAUGGUCUGGCAACAUGGAGAGGAUUAUGAAGGCACAAGCAUACCAAACGGGCAAGGACAUCUCUACAAAUUACUAUGCAAGUCAGAAGAAAACAUUUGAAAUUAAUCCCAGACAUCCGCUGAUCAGAGACAUGCUUAGGAGGGUUAAGGAAGAUGAAGAUGACAAGACUGUCUUGGAUCUUGCUGUAGUUUUGUUUGAAACAGCAACACUUCGGUCAGGAUAUCUUCUACCAGACACCAAGGCAUAUGGAGAUAGAAUAGAGAGAAUGCUUCGCCUCAGCUUAAACAUUGACCCUGAAGCACAGGUAGAAGAAGAACCGGAAGAAGAGCCUGAAGACACCACAGAAGACACAGAACAAGACGAGGAGGAAGAAGUGGAUGCAGGCACAGAAGAAGAAGAAGAAGAGGAACAGGAAACAGCAAAGGAAUCUACAGCAGAAAAAGAUGAGUUAUAAAUUAUCCUCUCACCACAGAUCCUGUGUGGAGAGGGAAUGUGAAAUUUUAAAGUCGUUUCUUUUCAGAGAGACUUGUUUGGAUGCUCCCCCAGCCUCCUUCUCCCCUGCACUGUAAAAUGUUGGGAUUGUGGGUUACAGGAAGAAGUGGGUUUUUUAGUUGAAUUUUUGUUUUGUUUUGUUUUUUAACAUUCCUCAUGAAUGUAAAUUUGUACUAUUUAACUGACUAUUGGUGUAAAAUCUUGUCAUGUGUAUAAAAUAAAAAGAUCCCAAAUAC